GGCUUAGAACUUUCAAAACUGGAGCUGGAUCAAACGCUCUUGAAAAACCAAGUUUUGCCAAUUGUCCGCAAGAUGGACUGCAAAGAUCCGCCGAUCUUUGAUGUGAACAACAGCCUCACUCAAAAUGUGUUACAUACCUUGUUUCUAUUUCAACAGACCUACUCAUCACUCCACCGAUACAUUGCUGUGAUAUUAUGCUUAUUCGGGUUGCUGGCGAAUUCCAUUCACAUAUGGGUGUUGACUCGACCCCGGAUGCGAUUCAGCUCAGUACACACUGUGCUAGUGUGCAUUGCUCUUUCAGAUAUGGGCACUAUGAGUUCAUACAUGAUUUACAUGACUCGAUUCGAAUUCAUGGUCGAUCAUACGGGUUAUCCUUAUGGCUGGGCACUCUUCUUGAAGAUCCACGUAGUGAUUUCAAUUGCACUUCAUGCGAUCACCUUGUAUCUGGUGGUCCUCAUGGCUUUCAUUCGAUUCUGCGCAAUGCGAUUAUCGUCGUCAGCAUGGUUGCAGUCGAAAAGGGCAAUAAGCGCUGCCAUCGGAAUCGCUAUAAGCGUAUUUGUGCUGUGCAUUCCAACAUUGUUAGCACAUGAGGUUGUUGCGAGAAAAGUAACAUCGACUCAAGGGGAGGAAAUGACACGGUACAGCAUUGGAUUUUCCGAAAUGAUGCUGGAAAAUGGAUGCUUCCUUAUGAAAGGGAAUUUAUGGUUGACCGGAAUUUUCUUGAAGGCGAUCCCAUGUGCUCUUCUGUUUUGGUUCACGAUAGCUUUGAUUGGACGAAUGAAGGAGAACAAAGAAAAGCGAACAAAAUUGCUCAAAACCCGCGACGAAAAGAACAAGCGUGACAUCACUACCUACAUGCUUGUUUUCAUGGUCACCGUUUUUCUAAUCACCGAACUGCCUCAAGGCGUCAUGGCUGUGUUGAAUGCAAUGUACACAUCGCAAUUCCACGCUUAUGUCUACCUCUCCUUGGCGGAUGUGUUGGAUUUAUUGUCGUUAAUCAACUGCUAUGUAGCAUUCCUCGUCUAUAUUUGUACCAGUUCUCGUUACCGGCAAACUCUUCUAUCUAUACUACCAAAUAUGCCGACAGUUCUUUCGGCCGUCACAUCGCGUCAAAAUACGAUAAAGCGAGAAAAACUACCGUAUACCACCCUAGACGGUACUCCAUGUCCAGUCAUCGAAACGCAAUGCAAAGCGGAGCAAGACAUGCUUUUGUAG